AUGCCAUACAAGUCUCGCUGGACGAUCGACGUCCCCAACACCCACCUCGCUUCUUUGCUCCUCAAAUCCCCCACCGCCCCUCUAUCCCAGACACAACCAUGUUUCCUCGAAGCAGCUCGCCCGGACACCCACUACUUCACGCCGCAUGACUUCCGCCUCUGGAGCCAGCGAUUCGCCGUCGGGCUCCUCAAAUCCGGCCUGCAACCUGGUGACCGAGUCCUCCUAUUCUCAGGCAAUGACUUGUUCUUCCCCGUCGUCCUCAUGGGCAUCGCCAUGGCGGGCGGCAUCUUCACAGGUGCUAACCCAACCUACGUGGCCCGCGAGCUAGCCUAUCAGCUCCACGACAGCAGCGCCACGUACCUCAUCUGCGCGAGCAUCAGCCUGGACACAGGUAUUGAAGCCGCCAAGCUUGCAGGUCUCAGCCGGGACCGGGUGUUUGUCUUCGACAACGCCAUCUACGACGGUGUAGGCCAGGCGCGAUCCGGAUGUCGGUAUUGGGGGGAUCUGGUCGCGUCGCCCGAAGAAGGAGCCGGGUUCGCGUGGGACGAACUCUCGACUCCGGAACUGGCUGAUCGGACCCUUGUGCUGAACUAUUCCAGUGGCACGACGGGCAGACCGAAGGGCGUGGAGAUCACGCAUAAGAACUACACGGCUAAUAUGCUUCAAUAUACGCAUCUCGGCACGCUGAACCCCGACUAUGAGGCGCGGAGGGCUCGUGCGCGCUGGUUGUGUUUCCUGCCGAUGUAUCACGCAAUGGCGCAGAACAUUUUCAUUGCGGCGGCGCUGCAUCGGGGGACGCCGGUUUAUAUCAUGCCCAAGUUUGAUUUUGUGCAGAUGCUGGAGUAUACACAGAAGUACCGGAUUACGGAUUUGAUUCUUGUUCCGCCGGUGGUGGUCAUGCUGGCUAAGCAUCCUAUUGUCAAGAAGUAUGAUCUGAGUAGUGUGGAGGUGAUUGGUAGUGGUGCUGCGCCCUUGGGCAGGGAAAUUUGUAGUGAGGUGGAGAAAUUGUGGCCGGAGGGGAAGAUCAAUGUCAAGCAGGGAUGGGGGAUGACCGAGGCAACAUGUUCUAUAUUGGGGUGGAAUCCGACAGAGAAGAGCUAUUCGGCGUCCGUCGGAGAGCUUAAUGCCAACUGCGAGGCGAAGAUCAUGGCUGAGGACGGCGUCACGGAGAUCAUGGAGCGAAACCAGCGUGGAGAGUUGUGGGUUCGCGCGCAGAAUGUCAUGAAGGGUUACUGGCGAAACCCUCAGGCCACACAGGAGACUAAGACGGCCGAUGGCUGGCUACGGACGGGUGAUAUUGCCUAUGUAGACGACCAGGGCAAGUUCCAUGUGGUUGAUCGGAUGAAGGAGUUGAUCAAAGUCAAGGGCAACCAAGUGGCACCCGCUGAGCUAGAAGCACUGCUCUUGGAACACCCCGCGAUAGCAGAUGUUGCGGUGAUCGGCGCUACGGUAAACAAUGAUGAGCGACCGCGCGCGUAUGUCGUCUUGAAUCCGGGCCAAUCUGCCACCGCGGAGGAGAUUGUUGGAUUUAUGGACGGCAAGGUCUCCGCCACGAAGCGGAUUACUGGCGGAGUUGUAUUCCUCGACACGAUCCCGAAGAACCCAUCGGGAAAGAUCUUGCGCAAGGCGCUGCGUGAUCAGGCGGCGGCGGAGCUGAAGGGAGCCACGGCCAAGCUUUAG